AAGAAGUGUACCGCUUCCGCGCAUGCGCAGCCAGUGACUUGAUAAAUGGAGGCUGUUUGUAAUGUUUAGAAACAGAAACUCACGAAUACUUACGUCAUUAUUCAGCAGCUAACUUCGUCUGCAGAGAGCGAACACUAUGGAGUUGAGUGAUGACUCUACUAUCGAGUCUGGUGACUCUAACGAUACAGAGGAGAUGGAGAAAUGGAGAUCGACAUCUCUAAUUGCACAGUCCCCUGUAAUGGACCGUAACCCAUCACCACCCCGAGAGACAGCUGAUGGAGAGGAGGAUGAAAAUGCGGAUGCAAUUGGAAACACUGUGUACAGCAAGCUCUGGCUUUUCACCACCCUGAAUCGUCUCAUCCGUAUGAUCAAAGAUCAUUCAGAGGAAGAAUCUGAAGGUCCAAUGCAGCUCGAGGAUGAUGAUGAGGAAGAUCUAUCUAGAGUUUGGGAUAUGACGAUGGACAAGGACGUUGCUGGUUUUAUGCUGGAAUUUAAAGCCCCUGAUAUCCUUCUUGGGAUGAUCGUCAAAUCUAAAUGUCCACGACUCACAGAAAUUUGUGUGGGAAUCCUCGGGAACAUGGCUUGUUUUCCAGACACGUGUCUGACUCUCAGCCAAAAUGAAGACUUAGUAGCUGUGCUGUUGCUUCUUCUUGCAGACGCAGAUCCUCCAACCCUUCUGGAAACAAGCAGGUUUCUGCUGACUGGUCUCUCUCAGAAAGAUGUUUGUUCCCUCUGGCUUCAGCGAAUACGACAGCAGACAUCUGUGCAAUCCAACCUCUGCUUCAUCAUGUGCAGCUCCACCAACAAGGACCUGCUCGAGAAGGUGGGAGAGCUGGUUGACAAACUGUUUGACCUUGACGAAGAGCUGAUGAAGAGUUGGAUCACAGCUCAGCCUAGUGAGGAGGGGGAUGAUGCUGAAAGCCGUCUGGAUGUGGCCUCAUGCCUUCUCGAAGCAGCCAAGCAGCUUAGACCAGAGAGUUCUACUGGCUUAGAGGUUUACCUUCAUGCCCUCCAACUCCUCACCACCGUAGAUGAGGGCAUUCAGGGUUUUGCGUCCCCCGAUGGGCCUGGCAAAGCAGUAUGGGACUUUGUCUGUGAGAUUGUAUGUGAAGACCUUUGCCGGCCCGAAGAUCUUCCCGUUGUCCUGCAGGAGGAGAAGAAGAAGAGCAUUUUGGUUCAGUCGCUUUCUGUUCUCCAGGCUCUUUAUAGAUGCCAGGAUCAGUGGCCCAGCAAAAGUGACACAAGUCUGACCCUUGUGGAGACCAUUCUGCGGGUGCUUCAGUUCCACAGUGAAUGCAAAGAUAAUGAAGGCAGUAAGGAAGAUGAACAGCUCAACACUCUGGCAGAGAUCACGACUGAGUUUCUUGCUGAUAUCUGCAGUCAGAUUCCCAAGGACACCGUUGCAGAUCUGGUGAAGAAAGGUUUUCUGACAGAGAAGAUGUGUCUCACAGCUGCAGGCAGUUUGUUUCCCAAGUUUAAAGCUUCAUUUCAGCACCUGCAGCUCAUGUUGUCAGAGACUGAUCCGCAGCUGGCAGACACGAUGAGGAGCCAGUUUCCUGAAUGAGACGACCAGCAACACGCUCAUCCAGACCCUCACCACUGCUCUUUGUACUGGAUCCUACUUCAAGUCAGAUUAUUUACAUUUCCACUGGGAAGGCUCAGAUCAGUCUGUAAGAGUAGUACAAGUUGUUCUGAUGUUUUUUAAAUUGUUUUGAGAGGGAUAUUUUUGUAUUGAUUUCAUUUGAUCUGUUAAUAAAACCUUUUUUUGUUUA